UUGAUUGGUAUUUGGUAGUGGAAACUCUGAUUCAAGUUGCUGAGAGAAGUUCGAAAUUCGAACGCGUCAAAAAGUGAUCUUCGCCUUAUCCAUGUUUUCGGAUCGAAACAAAACGGAACGAAGAUCUUCAUAAUAAAAAUUUCCCGAAAUAAACGACAAGCACUCUUUUUUUACUCCAAUUGACAAUAAAACUAGAUAAUGCGAAGCGAUAAGUGAUAGAGCACAAUCACUUACCUUAACUGUAUUUCGUCAAUUAUAAUGAUGGCCUUGAGUUUCAACAUGUUUCCGCUGUUUUUCGUUUUCUCUCAUUUUGUGACCUUGUCCAUCGCCGUUACUCAUUCCCAGGUUGUCGUUUCGUAUCUCAACCGAAGCAGUUUCCCGCAGGGCUUUAUUUUCGGGACAGCAUCCUCAGCAUACCAGUAUGAAGGUGCUGCUAGGGAAGGUGGAAGAGGACCAAGUAUAUGGGAUACCUUCACUCAUAAGUACCCUGAAAAAAUAAAAGAUGGAGGUAAUGGAGAUAUAGCCGACGACUCAUAUCAUCGGUAUAAGGAAGAUAUUGGAAUAAUGAAGAACAUGAAUUUGGAUGCUUAUAGAUUCUCCGUUUCUUGGUCUCGAGUUCUACCAAAAGGAAAGCUUAGUGCAGGUGUAAACCAUGAAGGAAUAAAGUAUUACAACAACCUUAUCAACGAGUUAAUGGCUAAUGGUCUGCAACCAUAUGUGACCAUUUUUCAUUGGGAUGUUCCCCAAGCCUUAGAGGAUGAGUAUGGCGGUUUUUUAAGCCCUCACAUUGUAGAUGAUUUUAGAGACUACGCUGAACUUUGCUUCAAGGAAUUUGGUGAUAGGGUGAAACAUUGGAUUACUUUGAAUGAACCAAGGAGUGUGAGCAAGAAUGGCUACGCAAAUGGCAGGUUUGCACCAGGUCGAUGUUCUGAUUGGUUAAAACGGAAUUGCACAGGCGGUGAUUCAGGAACAGAACCAUAUUUGACUUCUCAUUAUCAGCUUCUUGCUCAUGCUGCUGCUGCCAAACUGUAUAAGACCAAGUACCAGGCAUCUCAAAACGGUUUAAUUGGGAUUACCUUGAAUUCUGACUGGUAUGUGCCAAUCUCUGAAAAGAAAUCAGAUUAUGAUGCUGCACGACGAGGCCUUGACUUCAUGUUUGGAUGGUACAUGGAUCCGCUCACAAAAGGUGAGUAUCCCAAAAGCAUGCAAUCUCUGGUGGGAAACCGGUUACCAAAGUUCUCCAAAGAAGAAGCCAAGCAACUUAAGGGGUCGUUUGAUUUUCUGGGCCUAAACUACUACUCAUCCUCAUAUGCUGCCUAUGCACCUCAUCAACAUGGUGCUAGACCAGCCCUACAAACUGAUGGUCUUGUGAAUUUUACAAAUCAGCAUGAUGGCAAGCCCCUUGGUCCAAUGGCUGCUUCUGAUUGGUUAUGCAUUUAUCCACGAGGAUUUCGACAACUAUUGCUUUUCAUCAAGAAGUAUUACAACAACCCCGUAAUUUACAUUACUGAAAAUGGUUAUGAUGAAUACAGCGAUCCAACACUAUCACUUGAAGAAAGCCUUAUAGAUACUUACAGGGUUGAUUACUUAUAUCGUCAUCUUUAUUAUCUUGAAACUGCAAUCAAGGAUGGUGUGAAUGUGAAGGGAUAUUUUGUAUGGUCGUUGCUGGAUAACUUGGAAUGGGACUCAGGCUAUACCGUGCGAUUCGGAUUGGUCUUUGUGGAUUUCAAAGAUGGCUUGAAAAGAUAUCCCAAACUCUCCGCACAUUGGUUCAAAAACUUUCUCAGUAAAUCAUAAUUAGACAUAUAUGUUCAGCAUGAUAGUGUGUUUCAAAAAGUGUUAGAGAAUGCACUGUUAGCGUACUUUUUAACGUAUUUUUUACUAUUGAUUAGUAUCAGAGAAACAUAAGAAAGAGUGAGCUUU